GCAACUUGUAGCAACAGAUCGACCUUCCUGCAGCAACUUCCUCUGAAUAUUAUUUGGUAACACUGUUCCUCGUCUGGAAAGCAACACUCUGUUCUGUCAAGAUGGCCCCGCUCCCUGUGCUCCGGGUGGCGCUCCUGGUGUCAUUCUCUGUGUUCCUCACGGUGGUGCUGGGCUUCGGGCUGCCUGCUCUCCUGAAUGUAGCGAUGAGGAUGUUGGGAUUACCAGAGACCAGUGUGACCGAGUGCAUAGUUGUGCUCUAUUUACUUUUUGUGGUGUAUGUGGCGACGCCUCGCAUUCCCAGGGGCUGUGUGGAGGUGAAGGGGAAAGCUGUGUUUGUCACAGGUUGUGACAGUGGAUUUGGUCAUGAACUUGCUAAACAUCUUCACAAGCUUGGCUUCACGGUCUUUGCUGGAUGUCUUCUUAAGGAUAAAGGUGGAGAGGGUGCAAAGGAACUGGAAGAAUUUCACUCAGAUCGUAUGAAGGUGGUCCAGCUGGAUGUCUGCAGUGAAGAGCAGGUGAACCAAGCUGCAGAGUAUAUCAAAGACAACCUGGAGGACUCAGAAAGAGGUCUGUGGGCCGUGGUGAACAACGCCGGUGUGUCAACGUUUGGAGAAGUGGAGUUUGCCUCCAUGGACACCUACAAGCAGGUGUCAGAGGUCAACCUGUGGGGCACCAUCAGGGUCACCAAAGCUGUUCUGCCGUUGAUCCGCAGGGCCAAAGGCCGUGUUGUGAACCUGGCCAGCAUGUACGGGAGGAUGGGAAAUGCCUUGCGUUCACCUUACUGCGUAUCUAAAUACGGCGUGGAAGCCUUUUCUGAUUGCCUUCGCUAUGAAAUGAAGACCUGGGGAGUCAAAGUGUCCAUAAUCGAACCGGGGAACUUCAUCGUGGCCACUGGCAUCAUGACCCGAGACAUUGUAGCCAGCACGGCCAAUAAGCUGUGGAACGAGGCGCCGUCGCAUGUGAAGGAGGAUUAUGGGAGAGCCCACUUUGAGCACCACAUGGCUUUGAUGCGCUCUUACUGCAGCAGCGGACAGAGGGAUAUUUCCCCUGUUCUGGAUGACAUUACUGAUGCCAUCAUGUCCAAGCGCCCCUACACACGAUACAACCCCAUGGAGCCAUACUGGUGGAUCAGAAUUCAGAUUAUGACCUAUCUGCCUGCCGCAAUAGGCGACUUCUUCUACUACUAAAAGAGGAGCUGUUCCUGUAGGAGUUUCCUGUGAUUCAUAUAAAAGCAUCUUAUUCAACUCUGUAGCGCUACGCAGAUCAGUAGACUUACCCUGAACAGGGCUCUCUGCUACGUGUUCCUCAGCACUUUAAACCAUUCACUGAUCAUGCCUUAAAACUUAAUGGUUUUUUAAACUGUAAAGAAAUUAUUGCACUUUGCUUUUUGUAUGUUGUACAAGACCCAUAACUUUAUCUAUACAGGUAAAUUCCAUGAUAAGUAGUAACUACUUUGUGUUGAGUAUCAGCAGGGCUAUGACAUACUCGUAGCUAUAUAUACUGCAUCGUUAUUGCUUGCUGUGGUAUUAUCUUAAAGGGACAGCUCAGCCCAAAAUCAAAAAUACAUAUGUUUCCACUUAAAUGUAGUGCUAUUUAUCCGUCUAGAUUGUUUUGGUGUGAGUUGCCAAGUGUUGGAGAUACCGGCCGUAUGUCUGCCGUCUCUGGAAAAUAAUGGAACUAGAUGGCACUCGGCUUGUGGUGCUCAAAGCGCCAGAAAAUACAUUUAAAAACUCAGCUGUAAUGUCUCUUUCCAGAAAUAAUGACCCGGUUACCACAAUGCAAAUAGCUAAUCAGCAACUCAGUGUAUUUACCCAUAUAGACAUGGUUGACGACCUGCUGAAGUUCAAACUGAGCAUCAGAAUGAGGAAGAAAGGUGAUUUAAGUGACUUUGAAUGUGCUGUGGUUGUUGGUG